CGAGGGAAAUCUCGGUCCUUGAUUUUGUUUUUUCACAGAGGUCUUUGAGCUGCUCUUUGUCUGGGCCUUCACCUAAGACCUGUUAGUCUUGGGAGACCCUGCCAGAGGCCAUACAAGUCCCCAGACAACAUAACUCUUAAGAUCAUCGAGACACUCAAAAUCCUCUAACACGAUAAAGUGGCAGCUCAGGAGGGGAGUACUUCCGGUUCCGGUAUAUGAAAAAACAUACGUGUGAUUCCGUUUCUGUUGAUAUGUGCGUAGAGAUUUCUGUUGAUGUCAGUCCUCGUUGUGCCAUGUCUAAAGUAAUUUUAAUGCAGGGCUCCAAAUAUAUUGUAGUCACAGUCACAAUUAUCCCCGCUUUUACUCUGAAAAUAAAAACUUUGGUGUCAGCUUAUAAAAACACAUCCGUUUUAUUCUGUUUAGCGGGGAUUUAUGUUAAGGUGUUUGAGCUUCGUGGAGUUCUUUUCUGCGUGUACAUAAACGACACUUUCAUCGAGUCUGUUCAACGUCCUCUCACACGAGGAGAUUUUUAUUCUUUCUUCUUCUCCAACACAACAACACACAACACCAGAGCGCCCCAAGUGGGGAACAUGCGCUAUAACGGCCAACCACUACAACAGUACUACACAGAGGCACAUCCCUUCUAAGGCUGUCCAGCAUGAUGAAAGAAUGCCUGCAGUUCCUCAUUGAACCGGCCAAAAAGCUCAAGAGCCGACUCAGAGAGUCCCGUAAGCGAGUGAGGCUUGACAAGAAGGAGCCGCUGUUGGAAAGUCAGUUAUUUAUUAUGGAGCUAGCCCGAGAGCUCAACAAAAUUUGCCAGAGGUCAGACGUUCUGCAGCACAUAUGGACCUGUGAGGACACCUGGCCUGCAGGCUUGUGUCGGGACUUUAUUGUGGAGUGGGCUGCUGUGUUGGAGAAGAAAGUGCAGUCAAAGGUCAGUGUAUCAGACUGCCAGUCCCCCACCGCAGAGAAGAGAGACUGGAGGGGUCACCUUCUCUGCAUCCUGGAGGCGGAUGGGGAGUAUGACAUGGGUCCUCACAGGAGGGUCAUCAUGGAGUGGGCACGGCAAAUGAAAAGCAGACGUGAGCCCACAGUGUGGCCUGGCGAGCCUGUGCUGAUGAUGCUGGACGACUUGGAGUUCCAGUGGAAGAGAGGCCGUCUUCCCAACCUGAUGCCCGCUUUGGAACUUGUCCUGCUGGCUGUGCUGAACACAGACAGUCCUGUCCAGGAGGAUGUGACCAAGCAAUGGCUGGUCAGAAAGCAGAGAAACCAGAACAUGGAUGCUGUUCACUACAUCCCCCACUGUGUCUGGAAUUGGAUUUGUGACGCAUCAGAGGACGUGAUGCUGGACCCGGACUCGGCCAACCCGGACCUGCUCAUCUCCGCUGAUGAGAAGAGUAUGCGAUGCGGCCUGGCGCGCCGCGACGUUCCUUGCUGCAGCCGGCGCUUCGACGGCUGGUGGUGCGCAGCGGCCCGGACGGGCUUCCUGUCCGGGCGCCACUACUGGGAGGUGGAGGUGGGCCAACGGGACUGGCGGCUCGGUGUGGCCAAGGCGUCCGCUGUGAGGCGAGGCUUUGGCUCGCUCAACACGCACACGGGUUAUCUGAUGCUCCGUCUGGAGCGGGGCGCCGACCUGAAGGCCCUGACGGUUCCCGCCACCUCGCUGCCUUCGAGCUGGCGGCCCGGGAAAGUGGGCGUGUACCUGGACUACGAGCAGGGCCAGCUGUCCUUCUACGACGUGGACAGGCGCGCCCACCUUUACACCUUCAACGCCACGUUCACAGAGGAACUGUUCGCCAUUUUUGGGACUGUGGAGGUGAUGAAGGACCUGGUGAUCAGGCCGAUGGGUGUCAAACAACGGUGCCUCUGUCCUGGGCCGUGCCUCUGGAACUAAACCACACCGCAAACGUCAUUAGUGUAUCUCUUCAGGUGUGUAAAGAGGGUGCUAACAUCCAACCAAUACAACAACCAAUCAUUGAGUGUAAACGACAAAUAGCAUAUAGAGGGCUAGACCAGGGGUGUCAAACGAACAGGUCUUAUCCGGCCCGCGGGAUGAGUUUGCUAAGUAUAAAAAUUCACCUGAAAUUUUUUAAUGAAAGAAACUGCUGUUCUAAAUGUGUCCACUGGAUGUCGCAAUAGCAAUUCUUUGUAUCUUUGUACAAAAUAAACCACAUGAUGUUAGUACAUCAGUCAAGGAAAAUGAUCAAACUACAUAUAAAUAACAUACUGUCAUUUGAUUUUGAUAUAAUUUUUUUAUCUUGAUAGAUUGAAAAUUAACACUAAUGAGUUGACUGAUGAACAUUGUCACAUAAUGUAUUCAGAAAGUAUAAAUAACUACAAAUAAAUGUAGAAUACUAUUAACCGCAACAUGUAAGUGUAUAAAAACCCCAACAACAUUAUAGGGCUGCAACUAACGAUUAAUUUGAUAAUCGAUUAAUCUGUCAAUUAUUACUUCGAUUAAUCGAUUAAUAAUCGGAUAAAACAUUUCGAUCCUUUCCAGUAUUUUAUUGAGAAAAAAACAGCAUACUGGCACCAUACUUAUUUUGAUUAUUGUUUCUCAGCUCUUUGUAAGUGUUGCAGUUUAUAAAUAAAGGUUUAUUAAAAAAAAUAAAAUAAAAAUAAUAAUAAAAAAAAUAAAAAUAAAAAAAAGCCUCUGCGCAUGCGCAUAGCAUAGAUCCAACGAAUCGAUGACUAAAUUAAUCGUCAACUAUUUUUAUAAUCGAUUUUAAUCGAUUUAAUCGAUUAGUUGUUGCAGCCCUACAACAUUAUGAUUUGUACAUUUUCAGAAUGUGCUUGUUCUAUUCUUAAACAAAGAAAACAAUCUGAAGUCGUCUUUAUUUUUAAGUUAUCGUGCCGUGAUUUUACCAGUUCGGUCCACUUGGGAGUAAAUUCUUCUCCAUGUGGCCCCCGAUCUAAAAUUAGUUUGACACCCCUGGGCUAGACUCUCCACCUGCAUGCUUUUGCUGUCUAUUUCUACUUAUUUUUUUAAGUAAUUCCUUAUUUUUGCAUACUUUUUGAAUACAGCUAAAUGUUUUUUUUUUUCAAUACAGCCUUUUUUUUCACACUAGCAAUUGUUGUGUGCAAUCCCAGCUUUAAAAACAGCAAUGUAUAGAAGUGUAAUUUUGGAAGAAAAUGCGCAAUAGUAUGCUGAGUGUGCUUGUUUCUUACUUCAAGUCUAUCAAUAAACAAUUGUCACACAGCGCUGCUUUGUUUCAAAAUCUUUAUUAAGUGCAACACA